AUGCCUCCCAAACAAGCCAAGGGCGAGUACAUCGAAACUGACACCGGCAACAAAAUCUCCCGCCGCUCCCAAAUCCACGGAACGCAGCACAUCAUUCUAGGCGGCAAGACCGUCAUCCAAGCAGACGCCGUCAUCCGGGGAGACCUGUACCGUUCCUCAUCCUCUGCCCCCGCCGACGGCAGCGGCGGCGGCAGCACCCGCCCCUCACAACCCUCGACCCCCUCCGUGGCCAUUACAAUAGGCAGGUACAGCUACAUCUCACGGCAGGCGGUGCUGAGGCCGCCGUCCCGCUUACACCGGGGAGUACACACGUUCUACCCGCUCAAGAUCGGCGACCAUGUGUUUGUCGGGGAGAGGGCGGUGGUGGAGGCGGCGAUGGUGGGCAACCAUGUGCAUAUUGGGCGGGAGGCGGUAGUGGGGAGCAUGGCUAUCCUGAAGGACUUUGCGUAUGUGCUUGAUGGGGCCGUGGUGCCAGCUGGCAUGGUGGUGCCGAGCUGGUGUGUUGUUGGCGGGGCGCCGGCGAGGAUUGUCGGGGAGGUCGGGGAGGGGUAUGGGGUUGAGGGGGCCGAGGGGGGGAUGGCGAGGGAGAGGUAUAGAAUGGUUGGGAGGUAG